GGCAGUCACCGUUGUUCGUCCAAACAAGAGCAGAUAGUUAACAUGGUGGAUAUCGGUAUUGCCGUACGCUACGUUUCCUGAUCAACGCGACCUGCUGAACGCGAUUUUAUUGUUUCUAGUCCAGAAACGGUUCAACUCGACGGACGUUCCUCCACCUUCCCCCGAGCCUCCGAGUUUUCACCCUCCUCCGCCUUCUCCGCCGUCGACGUCGCCACCGAUCCGAGUCCACGUUCUUGCUCAACACGAGCGAUGCUACGACCGCGACGCCGGACCACGGUAUCAGGCUUCCAAGAAAAAAACCAGUCGAUCUCCCCGUGGUCGUCACGCCCGUUCACGCGCGCCAUGAAGCCCAAGUGCGACCGCGGAGACGAUAUCCCGCUCAGCUGCAUCGCAAUCGUCGGCUACACAACCGGUCCUUUCCCCCUUCCCCCGGUCAACGCCGCUUUCCCCUUGUACGAAAAAAAAAGAAGGAGCGCCCCCGUCCUCCUGUCUAAACCACCCUGACGACGAAUACGCCGACACAGAAACACACGAGCUGGACGCCGGGCUUGGCGGGCUCGAGCCCCCAUGAGCGACGACGACGACGACGCACGAACGAACGAACGAAGAUCCGGCGCCGAAGGCAGAAGAAAGACGGUCACGAGACCGAGACCCUCCCCGGAACGCAAAGGGACGCGCGCGCGUGCUAGCAGACCGACACGCCCCCGCCCCCCCUCCCCGCGAGCGGAAGAAAAUGCGUGCUCCGUCGGGAGCGCGCCGUUCUGCCGCGAGCGCGCGCCGAUGUCGCGCCUCCGCCCGCCCGUCCUGAUCUCGGCGUCGUUGCUGCCGGUGCUCGAGGACCGUCUCCCGAGCGAGGAACGCGACGAUGGUCCGGGUAUGGGGUGGGCCCGGGGUGGGUGAGGUAUGAGUGUGGAAAGCAUGGAUGCGUGGUACGGACGAGGAGGUAUGCGGUUCCUGUCCAGCCAGGCAAUCAAAGGCGGACUGCGAACAUUCGUCAAUGAGAUGGGGCGCGGGACGUUACCGCGAUAUCAGGUUGGCGCGGUGGCGACCAGUGUAUAAUCCAGCGUGUCGAGAUACAACGGGAUAGCGGUGUGGUGAG